AUGCCGGGGCCCCGCCGGGACCGGCCGGCCGUGCUGCUGCUGCUCGGGGCGCUGCUGGCCGCCGACCUCUACUUCCACCUCUGGCCGCGGGCUCGGAGGGAGCUGGCCCCGAGCGCACCGAGCUGCCCGUGCCGCCGCCGCUCCGCUCCCUCCGCCGCUCCGCCGCCGCCGCCCCCCGCCCGCGCCGCCUCCUCCUCUUCCUCCUCCGCCUCCUCCUCCCCGCUGCGGCGCCUCUUCGCCCACCCGCUGUACCGCGCCGCCGCCCCGCCGGGCUCCGCCGAGCCGCUGCUGGGCGCCCGCGAAGCUCUGCGCUACUACCGGCGGAAGGCGGCCCGCUGGAACAGGAGACACAAGCUCUACAGGCAGGAGCUCAACCUUACGGCUGCAGCUGCGCUGCUCCCGCUGCGUCCCGAAGUCAGCUGGCUGCAGUUCCACCUGGGCAUCAGCCGGGAUGGGCUCUACCCCCGUUCCAGCCCUGCUGUCAGCAGGCUGCUGCAGGACAUGCACGACUUCGCCACCGUCAGCGCUGACUACAGCCAGGAUGAGAAAGCUCUGCUGGGAGCCUGUGACUGCAGCCAGAUUGUGAAGCCCAGCGGCGUGCACCUGAAGCUGGUCCUCAGGUUCCAGGACUUCGGCAAAGCCAUGUUCAAGCCCAUGAGGCAGAAACGUGAGGAGGAAACACCCGAGGAUUUCUUCUACUUUGUGGACUUUCAGAGGCACAAUGCUGAGAUCGCAGCCUUCCACCUGGACAGGAUCCUGGAUUUCCGACGGGUGCCCCCCACUGUUGGGAGGCUGAUCAACAUCACCAAGGAGAUCCUGGAAGUCACCAGGAAUGAAGUCCUGCAGAGCGUCUUCUUUGUGUCUCCAGCCAGCAAUGUGUGCUUCUUUGCCAAGUGCCCGUACAUGUGCAAGACAGAGUACGCAGUGUGUGGGAAUCCUCACCUCCUGGAAGGGUCCCUGUCUGCCUUCCUUCCAUCCCUCAACCUGGCGCCUCGGCUCUCCAUCCCAAACCCAUGGAUCCGCUCCUACUCGUUUGAUGGAAAAGAGGAGUGGGAGGUGAAUCCGCUCUACUGUGACACUGUGAGGGAGAUCUACCCCUACAGCAGCGGCAACCGGCUGCUUAACAUCGUUGACAUGGCCAUAUUUGACUUCCUGAUAGGGAACAUGGACCGUCACCACUAUGAGAUGUUCACCAAGUUUGGAGAUGAUGGCUUCCUCCUACACCUGGACAACGCCAGGGGGUUUGGGCGGCAUUCUCACGAUGAAAUCUCCAUCCUGGCCCCUCUCUCCCAGUGCUGUGUAAUAAAGAGGACGACGCUGCUGCGCCUGCAGCUGCUGGCUGAGCCCGAGUACCAGCUGAGUGCUGUGAUGAGAGAAUCCCUCCUGCAGGACCCCCUGGCACCUGUCCUCACCGAGCCCCAUCUCCUGGCCUUGGACCGGCGGUUACAGCUCAUCCUGAAAGCCGUGAGGAAGUGCAUAGACACACAUGGAGAAGCCAAGGUGGUGGCCAAUGACACCAGGCAGCCCGAGGCUCCCACAUCCGACAGAGCAAAGCUGAGCACAUAAACAGCCCUCAGCUCCUGCUCAGAAGCAGGGGAGACCCCUGCGAGACCAGGGACAAGCGUUAACAGUUGGUCAUUUCUAUCUACAAGUGCCCACGACACGGAGAGGGGAAACUUUGGAAGACCUGCAGGGAUCACAGCGGGUUCCCAGGCUGAGCACUCAAGCAAAGCUGCAGCAGGUCUUUGCACCCCAAGCACCAGCUCUGUGGGAAAGCAGAGAUCUGGUUUGCAGCUGAGCAUGCCUUGUGGGUGACAGGAACACAUACAGCCUGCAGCUUGCUCAGCCUUGCUAUGAUGGACACAUGCUAGAUCCAAGGAUGAGGCUUGAAUAAAGAGAUGCCACGAA